GAACAGGCCCGGCAUACAGACGGCGAGCAGCAUUUUUUUCACGCUGAACAGCGUGCUGGUGAUGGUGUUCCUCUUCAGCGUCCUGACGGCCGAGGACGCCGCCGUUCAGCUCAAGCUCAACUCGAUCGACAGCACCCCUGCAGAGAUACAGUUCGCCGGUUCGCUGGUGGUGGCUUCAUUCUACAUGAGCAGCCUCAUGGAUUUAUACCUUGUCAUCGGCAUUGAAGAUAAUUCGCGCGUCCCGAUGCUGGCGUACAUGUGGUGGUCCUCGUUCACAACCGUGGCGCACGCCCUGACCCUGAUCGCCAUCGCCAUCUGGAAGAGCAACAAGGAGAACAUGGCGCUAGUCGGACCAUUCGUCGCCACUGCCGGAUUAUUCGUUUUAGUGAAGGCUUACUUCGCAAGAAAAGUGUACCGUUACAGCAUGCUGGUUCUGAAUCCGGAUUUCGUGGCCGCCGAAGUGGCGGAAAUGUCUGCCGCAGCAGUUGCGGCUGAGCGAUUUGCACAGCCGCCACCGACAUUUGCGCCUCGUAGGGAUUCUGGAGAAUUCCUAUUGCUCACUGCGCUGGCCAACCAAGUUAAUCACAAAGACAUCCAGUGCAUUAUACAGUGCCAGAAGCAAGUGCUAGGCAGACUUGAGAAGACAAAUGAGAUGUUGAUCAACUGCAACGCACUCUCUGCUACCCGCUUCGUCGUCGCUAGCCAAGACCUGAAAAAGCACACGCAGCUGCUGUUUGAUCUCAAGAAGGACUUGGAUUCUGUCUUCAAGCGAAUUAGGUUCUUGAAGAUGAAGUUAUCACAGCAAUACCCAGCAGCAUUCACAGCGUGCAACACUGUGUUCUAUGCUGUCGAUGAAGAAGAUGAGCCUGAAGAGAGGCAUCCACCCAGCAGAGGCCAGAAGCAUGUCAGUGCUCAACUGGAGGACACUCACAGUGGUUCUUCACCGCAAACCUCAGCCACUUCAUAUAACAGUGAAAACUCCUAGGCAUAGAUUGGCAGUGAUCUUGCACUUCCUGCACUCUGUUUCUUGUGUAAAUACUGCAGUGUGUGGUAAAUCCAAUUGGGAGCCCCUACACUAGCCAAAGCAGGAAGACAAGAAGUUUAAAGAGAAUCCGAGGUUUCUUCAGGUGUGUGUGAUUGUGAGUGAUUUGAAGUGCUUCUUUGUGAAUAGUGUGUAUACCUGUGUUGCACUAGUACAAGUGGAAAAACUUGUCCUUCUACCACUGGCCAGAGGACUUGUGUGGUUUGCGCUUUUUAUUGGUGAGGCAGCUUGUCUGCCGAAACUGAUGAUAAGGCUGAGUGAGUGGCAUGUUGUGUCAGUCUGGAAUGCAGAAGGAACAACAUAAGCGCCCUCACCAUCUGGUGACCAGUAAUUUGGUGCCAUAGUAUUCACAAAACUUCUUUUGCACAAGUUUUGUUUGUGUUCGACUAGCUCCAAGGUUGUCCCAUUCUUAUCACCUCAUUUUCUGUAUUUGUCAACACUUACGCACUGGCCAGGCAGGAACGCUCUUAUGUAAGAGAUUGUGUAAAUAGACCUGGAUUUAUUAUGGUCAAGUCCUUGUAAUUCAGUGCAGACUUUUCUUCACUGCUGUCAAGCCUACACUGCUUCUAAGGCUCAGAUCCUUACAGAAUGUUCUUACACUGCAUAGGGUCUGACAUAUUGCAGCAUAAAGGCAUGCAGUGAACCAUGUUAUUGUUCCUUCUUUUUUCUCUUUCUUUUAUUGUUCUUUCAUUCUGUUUUAUAAUGCCAGGAAUGGCAAACCAGGAAUCAGAUUUUUGUGGCCACAAAGAAAUGACAGUUUGUCAGAACAACCCAGUAGCAAUGUGACAGGGCCUGUAGGACAAUAGUAUCAACCUUAUUAUAAAAGCGGGACAUUCAAUGGAUGUGCAGGGGAAAUAUUAAGUUAGGCUGUACUGAUAGCUGACAUGUCUAGUAGGUCAGAUUCAUGUGAGUGGUAGGCUGGUAAGCCAGAAAGGAGGUGGAAAUGAGAAAUGGGUUGCAAUGUUACCUUAACGUUUGCACACCAGGUCUCAAUGACAAUCUUGGGGUGCACUAGUUUCUAUUUAUAGCUAAUUAUUAUUAAUUAUUACACAGCAAUCAAAAGUAUGCAAUGACUAAGUCUUGGAGCUUCUGGAAACAUUUCCUGUAUACCAAAAGAGCCAAAUAUGCACAAACACUUUAUUACAUUGUAAUUAAGGUACUUCCUGACAAUUGAUAAAGGUUUUGUUUUGUUGCUUUAACUCUGUGUCUUUCUUUUUUUAGGUAUUCAGCUACCCGCAAGUUCCUUAAAGUGCUGUCAAGUUGAUGUUUGCAGUUCAUUUCAGUUUCAUACAGUAAUGUCUGCCACAUGGAUGCUUUGAUUCUUGUGGAAGAUAGUUGGCAUUAAAAUUAUAUUGUUUGACCAAAGCCCAAAGCAUGUGUGAGUACAGCAGAUUAAAAGCAAGCUACGUCUGAAAAUUGCAUAUAGCUCUUAAUCUCAAUUCACUCAAGUAUGCUUGAAGAUGUCCAUGUGAUAGUGGUAUAAUGCAAGUACAUUUAAAGCUCCAAGGUGGCACUGUUCAAUUUAGUGAUAUAACAGGAAGCUUCAACAUUUUGAAUAUCUCAACACAUAACUAGAACAAGCUGCCUACGCUUAGAAGCUUUAAUUUCUAUUGCUUACAGCCCUUUUAUCAACGAAGAAUGGCUAUUUACCAUUUCUGCUUUAAUGAGUUCUGUUUAUUGGCAUUAAGAAAAAAACCCAGAUAUUUCACAGCCCUACAAAUCCCUUUCCUUAAUUGAAACAAGCCACUUUAAGCAUAUUUUUAAUGAUAGAAUGUGUGUACAUUAUACAUGCUGGCAUCCGUUGGGCGCGGCUGAUUAUAUUUUAUGCGGACCUCCCCCUCGCCCGCAGGUUAAAUAUAGCAAGAUGACUGUUUUUAAAUACGGAUACAGCAGUCCCAAAAAACUAGCCAUGUUGCAACUAGCGUAAGCUAACGUUAGUUAGGGCGGGAACUGCCCAGAGCCAGGCCUUCUCCGCAACGCGAGCGCGUAUGGCGAAUCCUACGCAUCGUCCGCUACAGUGCGUCCUGAGGAGACACAAAAGACAAUCCUCGCUGCCCAAGCAGGCGAUACAUAGUAAAGAAAAGCAUUACUUACGUGGCCACUCUAUUACGAAAGAAAAUUUAGCUUCGCCUGUAGUUUUGUUGGACUUUUGGACUUUCCUGUGUGCAGCUGAAAGUGCCCGCUUUCCAAAGUGUGUGUGAGGGGGGGGGGGGGGCAAAUGGCAUAUCCCCCCCCACUCCUGAUGAAUGCGCCUAUAUUGGAGCAGAUGUCGGCCAAAGUUCUGCUUCGAGAUAGGGGAGUGUCAUUGCAUUGCAUUAAAGCUAGUUCUUGUUUUCACAGUGUUCUAUGUUGCAUAUAGUUUUCGUCACAGCUCACAGCAGCUUGUUACAAACGGUGUAAUCAUCCUUUAACUAUAUUGCAUAUCGGCAAAUAGUCAGCUAGAGUUUAUUCUUCCAUCAUUUUACGACUAAUAUAAUUCUUUGCUGUAACUCGAGCAGUAGCAAUAUAUACGCAUGCUAGGUUAGUAAUAAAGGGCCAAAGGAAUCAGCUUUUCAAGGAGCUGUUAAAAGAGCAGGCUGGUAUGUUUAAAUGCAUAGCCGUAUAUGCUGUGUCAUUAAUUUUUAUGUUCUUUAGAUUUCAGCUGUGUUCAUUUUAUCAAUAAUGCCAACAUAUCAUUGCACUGAUGAGCCCAACUUUAAUGCAUGUGCGUCCUUGUAUUUUGUUUUGUCCAAUUAAAUUUU